AUGACAGCCCGGCGGUAUGUCCAGGAAAUCCUGCAACCACAUGUGUUGCCACUCAUACAACGGCUCCCAGGAGCCAUUUUUCAGCAAGACAAUGCUCGGCCUCAUAUGGCAAGGGUGUCACAAGACUUUCUCCGUACUGUUACUACCCUUCCUUGGCCUGCCCGAUCCCCAGAUUUGUCCCCAAUCGGGAAUAUCUGGGAUUAUUUGGGAUUGCGAGUUGGGCAUCCCACGAGUUUGAAUGAACUAGAGGCAAGGUUACAGCAAAUAUGGAACGAAAUGUCUCAAGACAUCAUACAGAACUUGUAUGCCUCAAUGCCCGAUCAAAACCUAAAACCUAUCAAAAAUCACUCUCCAGCAGCAAUAAAUGAAUUAUAUAUUGAUUGUAAUCGAAGAAUACAGGCUUUAGAGGCUUUAGGAGAAAAAACUCAAUCAUACGGAAGAAUUUUGGCUCCUAAAAUACUUCGUGCUUUUCCUCAUGAAAUCUGUCGUAACUGGAUUGUACAUGCCAAACGUGAAAAUUUUGGUGAAAGCGAUAUUUCAAAAAUAAUGAAAUUUUUAUCAGAAGAGGUCGAGGGAUCAAUUACUGCAAGUAAUAUUAAAGGUUCACUUGCUCCAGACUAUCCUAUUAAGUCCUCCUUAGAAAAUUUUAACGUGAAUUCUAAAUCAGUUACCAAAAGUAAAAUAAUGUCACCCUUUUGUCCUUUCUGUGAAACUGUCGGACUUUGGCCUCAACAGUGCAAUGUUGUAACGGACAUAGACUCGCGCAUACAGAAAUUGAAGACUAGUAAUAGAUGUUUUUUGUGCACUAACCGAGGACAUAACAAAAAAAAUUGCCCUCGUAGAGAAAAAUUUGUCUGUUCCAAAUGCAAGAGAAAACACCAUACAUCAAUAUGCAAACCUCUAACCAAUGAGCAGCCUGUGGCUACAUCUACAAACAAAAUUGAUGUAUCGCCUUCCAGUUUCGUUCAUUUGCAAACUGCACGAGUUUUCAUAACUGGGCCCACUGGCAUUACAAAACUGACACGUUGUCUUUUGGAUGGUGGAAGUCAAUCUAGUUUCGUUUCUUCUAAUCUUGUGGAUACUUUAAAACUUCCAGUAAUUUCAACCAGACAUUUGGACAUUCAAGCCUUUGAAUCCCCAGCUAAUGUUGGCUACAUGCGAAGACAAGUCAAAUUUCAGUUAUCAAGUAUCUGGGACAAAUCUAAAGUUAAUGUUACUGCAUUUGAAAGCUCCAACAAAUAUGCAUCACACCUACCUUCAUCAACGGAUGUUUCACUCUUUGCUAAAAACAAGCGAAUGAAACUUGCUGAUCCAGAUGAUUCAUUGUCGAACUUACCAAUUGAGAUUUUAAUCGGUGCAGAUUACUACUGGAUUGUUAUGAAUUCUGAAGCUCCAGUCAGGUUGUCGGAUUCUCUGGCCUUGGUCCCAUCAAGUUUUGGUUGGGUACUUAGUGGAACUCGAUCACACGCAACAGUUUCCUUCAUUUCAACGGUUCAUAAUGUUGAUGUGGAUACUUCAACUCAGGAAUUAGACAAUGUGGUACGAAAUUUCUGGAACUUAGAGAGCAUUGGCAUACAACCAACACAAGAAAAAAUAAGUCCUCACAACUCUGAACUCUUAACGAACUUUCAUCAAUCUUUUGAAAUCAUCGAUGGUAGAAGAGUUGUAAAAUUGCCUUGGAAACCAGAAGUUCAACUUUCGUCGAACAAUUAUGAAGUCGCAAUUCAACGAUUUAAAUCUUUAACAAGGAAAAUGCAUGCAAAUUCAGAAUUCAAAGAAAAAUAUAUUGAGCACAUGCAAGAUUACAUUGAUAAAAAACACGUUGAAGUUGUCUCAGAAACACAUAAUGAGGAAGGUUUAUAUUACUUGCCCCAUCACGCUGUAAAGAAAAUCACAAAUGGAGAAACUAAGUGGCGUAUAGUUUUUGAUGCAUCUUCACAUUCUCCAGGUCACCCAUCUUUGAACGACGCUCUUGAAGUAGGACCAAAUCUUCUUCCCGAUAUCUUAGCCACAUUGUUGAGAUUUCGACUUUCUAAAAUAGCAAUCACUAGUGAUGGGCGACAAGCAUUUCUGCAGCUGAUUCUAGCAGAAGAAGACAGAGAUGCAACACGAUUUAUUUGGUACAAUACUACAUAUACUCCUGAUGGGAAACUCUGCACUGAAGAUAAAAUUGUAACCUAUCGAUUCACACGUCUUCCAUUUGGACUCGUCUCUAGUCCAUUUUUAUUAGCAGCUUCUCUUCGUGAAUUGGCUACAAAACACAAACAAGCAUAUCCUACAGCAACUAGACACAUUGAGAAUAACACCUAUAUGGAUGAUUUUAAUGAAGUUCGCUUGCUAGAAGAAAGAGCCAUGGCUUCAGAUUUGCACAGCAGCCCAGGGUCGGAUCAUGAAACAUCACGAGAAAGUAGUAUGAAAGGGCAAGAAACAAAAAGACACAAGACUGAUGAGAUCAUCUGA